AUGGCUACGCGACGAGCUAUCGCUGCGGCUAGCGACGACACAGCGUUGGCGACGACCUCCUCAUCACCAAAGGAGGUGCAGCAACCACCGCGCACCUUUCGCGAAAUGAUUCCUCAGCAGGCGCAGUUUCCUCUUGCCGUUGCGACUAGCUUCGCGAUGGCUUCUCUGGGAUACAGCCUCUUGGGCGAGCUUACUGGCGGCGAGUUGGCUGCCUUUAGUCGAAGCCAGGACACCUGGGCAGAGGUUCUUCUUUUGGCAGGCUGGAGAGUGAUCGAGCUCACUUUGGGAUGGUACGGCAAGCUGGACAGCUUGGAUGUUGCGAUGCUGGAUAUUCUCUCUCACGGCCCGCACUUCUAUCUUCUCUCGACUUUCUACGGGCUUAACUGGACCACAGCAGCUUCGGCACUGGCCAUUGACGUUAUCUCAGUUGCUUUGCCAUUUUACAUGCUUCGCCCGCUCUCUACCAUCCAUACGCCCUCGGCUGCCGCAGCUGCGGGUCUGCCUAACCGCGAGCUUCUCGACCUUCCGCUCCAGACAUACACGACGGCUCUGUCAACAGGCAUCUACACUGUUGUGCUUGUCCUGUCGCUGCGCUUCGUUCUGCCUCGCAUCCUGGUGGUCAACUACUCGGGAAUUGCCACUCUUGACCCGGCCUACAAUGCCUCAUACGCUGCCAUUCUCCCCGUGACGACCCUGUUCGGCAUCGCCGCCAGCACUUUCAUCUUUGCGCCUUUCGCGACGACGGCACGUGUCAAGGAGGACGACAAGAUCAACAAGUUUGACCCUGUGGCUGCAUCUCUCGGAGAGACCGUCUGGUGGAACAUGUGGGGUUACACUGUUAAGACCAAGGUGGUUAUUCGACGAACAGCCGUUGUCGCCUUCGUAGCUGCGGUCAACACGUUCCUUGCCUCCUACAAGACCAUGUACCGUGUUGAUGCUAUCGGAGCUGCUGCGUAUGCAGGCGUCUGGGCAUUUGCCGCCAUCUGCAGCGGUAUUGGCCUGGGAUUCGUCGGCGGAGAUUAA